AUGAUACAAAAAGACAAUACCUAGAUUAUUUUGAAGUGGAUUUAUAAAAGACAAAGUUCCAAAAGAGGGAUGAUUGAAUGGGGUUGAUGACCUCAUAAUGCACAACUGCUGUUUUUGUUGGUUUUAUUUCAUGUGGCCCUACUUGUUUAAAUUUGGAACUUGUACUAUACAUUUUCAUCCUUGAUAUAUGCUGUUCACACUGGAUAUGGGAUGAGCCUUGCCACAAAUAGGCAUUUUCAAAGAGUGGAAAAAAAAGGUUCACUAAAAUUGCCUGCAAAACAACAGGAAAGCACUACUUUUGUAUAAAAGCUCCUCAACUUACUUCAACAUUCUUCUUAGGCAUCGAGGUGUGGUGGUAAAACUGUUUAAACUGUUCUUUUUGUCUGGUUACUGAAGGGUCACUGGUUUGAAUCCCGACUGCUUGGGCAAGACACUGAAACCUAAUUUUUUCCCAGUGGGCCUGCCAGCGGCUUGCAUGGCAGAAACUGCCCAGUGUUGUAUGAAUGUGUGCUUGAACGAGUGAAUGUGAGCCUUUGUAAGGCACUUCGGGAACUGUAUUGUGUAGAUAAACAGCUCUGUAAAUGCAAUCCAGUUUAAAUAUAUCUCCCUAAACUCACUUCAACAUAGUCCCUUUGCACUAAUUUGGCACCAAAAAUCUUUUAAAAAUAAUAACAGAAGAUAGGUUCAAAAAUUAAUUCCAGUUAUAUAUAUAUAUAUAUAUAUAUAUAUAUAUAUAUACACACACGUUAUAUGUGUGUGUGUGGGUUCUGUUAGAUGGAUAUAGACUUUUAUGCAUUCACAGCAGAAAGAUUGGUCUUGCAGUUGGAGGCAGCAUGGUGGCCUCGUAAUUGAGGUUUGGGUUUCCAAUCUCAGCUACGCCCUUUGUGUAGAGUUUGCAAGUUACCCCCUUACUUGCCUGUAAUUUCUUUGGCUUCCUCCCACAUACCAAAAUUAUCUGCCUUUUUUUUAAGACUAAAGUGUCCAUACAUAUAAAUGUGAUUGAAUGGUUGUCAGUGGCAGUCACUGACUGGCCACCAUUCCAAAUUGUACCCCCAGGUCUCACCCCAAUAUGAGCUAUGAUACACUUCAGCUCCCUGACUCACUGAUGGUGUCGUGGUACAAACGCCUGCCUCUGGUGCAGGCAGCGUGGGAUCAAUUCCCGCUCAGUGAUAGCUUUGAUAUCUGGCUGGCGACCACUUCGGGGUGUAGUCUGCCUUUCGCCCGAAGUUAGCUGGGAUAGGCUCCAGCUCUCUCCCCAGAUAAAUCUAGAGGGGGUGCGUCAAGAAAUGCAUCUGGCGUAAAAAAAACUGCCAAACAAAUAUGAGUGUUCAUCUAAGAUGACAAGCUGUGGCAACCCCUAACGGGACAACCCAAAAGAAAUACAUACAGAUUUCAACUCGCUCACAACCAUAAUGAGGACAAUCACCGAAAGAAAUCCAUGUAAUACAAUAGAAAAUUGAUGAAUAUUCUCAAGUAUUGCUGAUAUUUGCCCAACUAUUCGAUGUAUUUUGUCACUGAUGCGUGACAUCUGUUGUGCUACUGAUAGUAACUGCCGUUUUUAAAACAGUAUGUGUUCCUACUGAAAGCAUUUUUGCAACAGUGGGCCCUUAAAGUGAGAUUAUCAAAUUAAAUGAGUAAUUUUACAAAACUAAAGACUUGACCAGUCUAUUGUGCUCCAUUUCUUUGUCCUGUUUAGAUCAUUCUCAGCUCAGGGGAUUGCGUUUGUGUAAAUCUUCAUUCAGGCUGUUUUAUUAGAUCCAUGUAUUCCAUUGAGUUGCUGUAUCUUCUCUUCUUUGUGAAAGAAACUCAUUAUAAGCAUAAAUCAGGGCUAAGGGCCAACACGUGGAGUUAUAUAUGUGGGCCUGAAGGGAGUUCAUUUAUCCUAAUCCCUCAUAGACUUUGUAAGCAAACUGCAAAAUAAAGCACACACAGGUGCAUUGUAUAUUAUGUGAGCCUGUGCCGGCUGUGUGUUCCAGCAGAGGAUAAAUUGUAGUGACGCUUGAGGUGUUAUCGUCAGCUGGGAAAUGGUAGGUUCAAGCUCUUCACUAGUUAAAAAAAAAAAAGAAAUCUGGCAGGUAAUCGGAUUUGAAGUUGAGUUUGGUUCAAAUGGGAGAUUUCUGAUUGCGGGCUUUGCACUUGAGCACCAGUGGCCUUUCACAGCUGACCUCCUCGCCCACUGAUAGCAAGGGAACCUCUGGAGAAGCAGCCAAAAUGCCUGUGGAUCUGAACGGAUACUGGAAAAUGAUUUCCAAUGACAACUUUGAGGAAUACCUCAAGGCUCUUGAUGUUAAUGUUGCCAUCAGAAAAAUUGCCACUUUGCUGAAACCUGACAAGGACAUCGUCCACGAUGGGGAUCACAUUAUCAUCAAAACCCUCAGUACUUUCAAAAACUACAACAUGGAUUUCUACGUGGGCAAAGAGUUCGAGGAGGAUCUGUCCGGGGUGGAUGACAGGAAGUGUAUGACCACCAUCACCUGGGAAGGAGACAAGCUGGUGUGUGUGCAGAAAGGAGAAAUUGAAGGAAGAGGCUGGACCCACUGGGUGGACGGAGACGAGCUUCAUCUUGAGCUUAGAGCUGGAGGCGUCGUCUCCAAGCAGGUCUUCAAGAAGUCGUAAAGUGUCUCCUAUAUCCGACGAGAUGAUACCCCCACUCCCCACCCUCCACCUCCAGCUGACAAAGCAUCAGGCAUCCGAUUGUGUCUUUACAAGCAUUCAACUACAUUCACACCCCCUAUAUAAUUCUCUACCAUGAUAUUCUGUCACUAAUCAAACGUCAACCGGAUCUUCCAGCUCAAAAAAUGCAAGGUAGCAUGCAUAUCAUGUAAUGUUCCCAACUGGUUCAGAACACCUGCUGCUUUGAUCAAUGUAUUGAUAUGCAUUAGAAGUAUGGAUGCGAUUAAGUGUGUAGCUUAUCAGAGAGGCAAACCGCACUGAUGCUUUGGGAUGCAAAGAAGUUGCUUAGUUGAGGGAUGCGAGUGUCUCUAGUCAGGAUGGCAGGUACGUUGUGCGUAAAUAAAUUAUAUCCC